GCAUGCGGUAAACAGCAAGAGCAACAACAAUGAACGUCUCGGUGCUGCUGUGGCUACUCGCCCUGCACGGCCUCUCCAUCUACCUCUUCCUCUCUGGCUUCCUGCUUUCCCGCAUCGCGCUACCGGAUGUUUCUCCACCGCUCUCCGACUCGACUCGUAGCCUCGUCCAAACGCACAAACGCGCAGUCAUUGUCGUCCUCGACGCGCUACGCUAUGACUUUCUCGCUCCGCUUGGAGACACCAUUCCGAGCCCGCAUGACCCGUACUACCACGGCGUGCUGAGCACCCCAGCGCGCACCGCCGCAGAACAUCCGGACCGCUCCAUUGUGUUUAGUGCGCAUGCCGACCCGCCAACAACGACGCUGCAGCGCAUCAAGGCGCUCACUACCGGCAGCCUUCCGACGUUUGUGGAUGCUGGAGCUAACUUUGGCGGAGAGGCCAUUGGGGAGGAUUCGUGGGUGCUUCAGGCUGAGAAGGCCGGUAAAAAGCUUGGGUUUGUCGGCGACAACACCUGGCUCGCCCUCUUUCCCGGCGCGUUCGACCCCUCAUUGACGUGGGGCUACGACUCGUUUGAUGUCGAAGAUCUUCAUACCGUCGACAACGCCAUUUUCUCCCGUAUCCCUUCCCUCCUCAACCUUACCUCUACCCCCUCCAAGAGCGACCCAUGGGAUAUUCUCCUCGCACACGGUCUUGGUAUCGAUCACGCCGGACACCGCUUCUCUCCCUCGCAUACGGGAAUGCAAGCCAAGCUCUCUCAAACGGAUACCUUCCUCGCCACCCUAGUCGACCUGCUAGACAAUGACCCAAUGCAUAAGGAUACACUCUUGGUGGUCAUGGGUGACCACGGCAUGGAUGAGCACGGGAAUCACGGGGGCGACGCACCACUCGAGACCAUCGCUGGCACAUGGAUGUACUCCCCUACUCCCUUCCUCGCUUCGUCAUCAGACAGGGAAAACGUACCAGCGCAGAUGCACGAAGAAACCCUCUUCCCCGGUGCACUCGCGCCCCACCGACACACCCAACAGGUCGACAUCGUCCCUUCCAUUUCCCUCCUUCUCGGACUCCCCGUCCCGUUCGGCUCGCUCGGCGCGCCAAUUCCCGAGCUCUUCGCGCUCCGCCCGCACACGUCGGUUGGGGCAGGGUCUGCGCUCGCAGUCGCGAGCUCGCUCAGCGCAACACAGAUCCACACGUUCCUCGAUAAAGCUGGCAUGUCGGGGCUCGAUGCUCUCGACGAGGCGUGGGACCCCCGCGUCGGCGGGCUCGCGGCACACUUGGCCCCUGAGGCGUUCCCGAGGAGCGCGUACACCGCGCCGCUCAGCACGAGCGAGGAGCUCGACGUGUCGCUGGCUAUCGGGUCACGUCAUAUCUCGCGGGCGCUUGCCAGGGACGCCUAUGCGUAUUCACGCGAAGCGCUCAGAGCGGCUCGCGCACGCUGGGCCCAGUUCGAUGGGCCACUGAUGGUGGUGGGGCUUGUAUCUGCGUUUUUGGCGGUGGUUGUGGCUGGAGCCUUGUUCUGGCAACUGGGUCUGGACUCUCCUGCUGCUUCUCGCCCUGGACCCAGCAUUGGAGCUGUACCCAAGGCUGGCGGCGAAGAUGCGGAGGAAACGUCGCCGGACACUCCAACGUGGCUCAGGAAGAGUGUUCUUCGGGCGUGGCAGGCCAUGGGGGCAGGUGUUGUUUUAGGUGUGCAGUUAUGGGGCGCCUUCAAGGUACUUGGCAGGAUCGACACGUUCGCCUUGUCCGGUGAAAGUCCGACGCGGAUGGGCGUGUUGCACUUCGCAGCGCUUGGUGCUGCCUGGGCAAGUAGUGCGAGUAUGCUCGCGUCUUGCUUUUCUUCUAGCACCGCCACUGGGGACGCAAGGAUCGAAGGACCAAAGUCGUCACCUACACUCCUGCAGAAGUUCACCAGGUUUUUCUCUGUGUUCACCUUUGAGGCCGCCAUCCCUGUGGCUCUGAUGAUCCUCCACAGUCUUGCCCUCCUCUCUAAUUCCUUUGUCAUCCACGAAUCUCUCCUAGUCCCUUUCCUCCUCAUAACCGCCCCUCUGCCAUUCCUGAUGCGUACCAUAUCUUCAGCCCGACGCGACCUUCGCCGCAAAGCCCUCUUUUGGGCCGGCGUAUAUGCCGUCUGCGUGCGCUUGAUAGGCACAGGUCGAGUCUGGCGCGAGGAGCAAGGCGUCUUCUUUGGCCUCGGUCCUCACUCUUCCGUCUCACCCUCCGAUGGCCCAUUCAUCGUGGAGACAUUGCUCUCUGUGAUCCCCAACUGGCUCCCCAGGAUCCUCAACGCGCUCGCACCCCUCGCGACUCCCGUUAUACUCAGCUACGUUCUGCAGACCUCGCGCUCACGCGUCCCGUUCAUCGUGCGUGCUGCACUGCCUGCAUCGCUCGCACUCGCGAGCCUCACAUGGCUCAUAGAAGACAGCACGGCUGGUGCGGGCGCCGACAGCGCGAUUGGGGGUGUGGCACGGAUCGUGCGUACACUAUGUGCAUGGACAUCGGCCGUUCUUGGUGCGGGCGGGAUCGCAGCAUGGGCGACGCAGCCGUUGUGCAUCUCCGUCUCGCGCGAGGCUCCGACGGAUGGUGCGAAAGCGGGCGAGAAACAGACUAUCACGGUGCUCGGCUUCGCCAACGCCUCUGGGGCGCCCGUCCUUGUGUUCCAGGCGCUCCUCCUUGCGCCGCUCGCCCUUUGUGCGCUGCUUCCAAGUCAGAGGGUCGGCCCGCUCCUAUUCGGCGCCCUAGUGGGGUGGUUCGAACUUGUCGACGCAGCUCGGGAUGCACGCGCGCUCGACGCGAACCCCGUAGGCGCUGCGAAUGCGCUCGCUUCGGCAAUUCCCGAUACGCACAGCUACACCUCGUCUCCGUCCACCCAGCUACAGCCACCUGCUUCUCAGUCUUCCACAUCGAGCGGUCCUCGGAUAGCGCUUGCCGAGCUCUUCCCUCUAGCUCUGCUGGGAUUACACGCAUUCUUUGGCACAGCACAUCAAGCGACGAUCGCGAGCAUCCAGUGGCGCGCUGCGUUCGCGCUCUCUGCACGCGUCAGACCCGGCAUCUCGCACCUCUGCGUGGCGAUCAACGAGCUCGGGCCCGUGUUCUGGGCAACUGCGGGCGCCGUUGGGCUGGCGGUGUGGAACGUGUCGCCGAGGAUACAGGUCAAGGUGCCCCGGAGUGCGCUCAAUCGUGCCAAGUCCGGUGGUGGCGAGGGAGCUACUCGGGAAGGAAAGGACGCGGCGGUAGAGGCAGAAAACGGGGACCAUGAAGAGUCAACGGAGGUGCUCCGCGCGGCGCUCGGCCCGCUGAUUUACCUUUCGGUGCUGUUCCUCGCUGGAGCGGUUGGCGCUGCGGUCCUGCGCCGGCACCUGAUGGUGUGGAAGAUCUUCGCCCCGCGGGCUGUCGCGGGUGCACUGUGGCUAAUUGCUGCUGACCUCGGCGCUGUGAUUGGGGUGUGGAGUGCUCGACGGAUUGGCAGGGAGGUGAAGAGGGUAUUUGGAUAAAGUGGCUUUUGUGACAUUAUGUCGCGGAGACGCGAAUAAUCUGGCGAAUGCAAUAGAGCUGCUAAACUGGCUAAGAUCCCGCUGCAUGUACCGUCUUUGGUGUCUGUUAUAUCAG